CAACCCAAUUUCAACAUCUCGAAUUCUCUCACACACACCCCCACCCAACAGCUCUACACUCAUAUGGAGUUAGUGGGUGUAGAGUUUUUCUUUGCGAAUGUUCCUGCUACUAUCUUCACUGUGUUGGCAAUACUAGCAGGAGUUUUGGGCUACUUGUACGGGCCCUACUGGAGAGUAAGAAGGGUCCCCGGCCCACCACCGUUCCCUCUUGUAGGCCACCUACCCUUGCUGGCAAAGCAUGGCCCCGAUGUGUUUUCUGUUCUUGCCAAACGCUAUGGCCCUAUUUUCAGGUUUCAUAUGGGAAGGCAGCCACUGAUAAUCAUAGCAGAUGCAGAGCUGUGCAGAGAAGUUGGAAUCAAGAAAUUCAAAGACAUCCCAAACAGAAGCAUUCCAUCUCCCAUUGCAGCUUCUCCUCUCCAUCAAAAGGGUCUCUUCUUCACCAGGGAUUCACAAUGGUCGACCAUGCGGAACACAAUAUUGUCUGUCUACCAGCCGUCACACCUGGCCAGCCUAAUACCCACCAUGCAAAGCUUCAUUGAAUCUGCAACUCAAGAUCUUCACUCUUAUAAAGAGGAAGACAUCAUUUUCUCCACCCUCUCCCUCAGAUUGGCUUCAGACGUGAUUGGACAAGCUGCAUUUGGUGUUGACUUUGGCCUCUCCAAACCACAAUCAGUCCAUGAUACAACCAACAAUUCUAAAGACAAAUACCAUGAUAAAGAUGAAGUAUCUGACUUCAUAAAUCAACACAUCUACUCUACAACACAACUUAAGAUGGACUUAUCGGGUUCUUUCUCCAUCAUACUGGGUUUACUCGUCCCAAUACUCCAGGAGCCAUUUAGGCUGAUACUUAAGCGGAUACCAGGAGCCAUGGACUGGAAAGUUGAUAGGACUAAUCAGAAUCUGAGUGGCCAGCUUGAUGAAAUUGUUAGAAAGAAAAUGAAAGAAAAAAACCGUGGUUCAAAGGACUUCUUAUCCCUCAUAUUGAAUGCAAGGGAGUCAGGGACGGUUGCGAAGAAUGCUUUUAGUCCAGACUACAUUAGUGCAGUUACUUAUGAGCACCUUCUAGCUGGGUCUGCAACAACAUCCUUCACACUGUCUUCUAUUCUUUACUUAGUUGGAGACCAUCCAGAAGUCGAGAAGAAGCUACUUAGAGAAAUUGAUGGGUUUGGACCACAUGAUCAAGUACCAACUGCUCAAGAUCUUCAGCAAAAGUUUCCCUAUCUUGAUCAGGUAAUCAAAGAGGCUAUGAGGUUUUAUAUGGUUUCCCCAUUAGUUGCAAGAGAAACUGCUAAAGAUGUGGAGAUAGGAGGUUAUUUUCUCCCUAAGGGAACAUGGGUGUGGUUGGCACUGGGAGUACUGGCAAAAGAUCCUAAAAACUUCCCAGAGCCAGAGAAGUUUAGGCCAGAGAGAUUUGAUCCAAAUUGUGAAGAAGAGAAACGAAGGCAUCCUUAUGCUCUCAUUCCCUUUGGAAUUGGACCUCGAGCAUGUAUCGGCCAGAAAUUCUCCUUACAAGAGAUAAAGCUGUCGCUGAUACAUCUGUACCGAAAAUAUAUAUUCCGACAUUCGCCCAGCAUGGAAAAGCCAUUAGAAUUUGAAUAUGGGAUAGUUCUCAAUUUCAGGCAUGGUGUAAAGCUUAGAGUAGUGAAUAGAACAUGGCAAUCUCAAGUCCAGCUGAUUUAGGCUUUUCAUGGUCAUGUACUGUCUCAGCUAAUGCUAAAUAGCCUGGUCUGAGAUGACUCAAAUAAAUUAAUUUUUGCCAAUCAUAAAGCUUAUUGCUCCCUCUAUUACUUUUAUAUGUCAAAUGAUGUCAUUUGGUGAA